AUGCCUGGCACAAUACUUGAUUCAAAACGCCCUUCGAAGAGGAAGAGGACUAUAUCGGAUAAAGGUCCCUCGAAGCGCACACGACCCGAAAGUAGUGAAGAAGAUUCCCAGGCGCAAAUUCUCCUCCUGGAGAGCGAAAUAUUCGAAUCGAAGAAGAAUUAUAACAAUAUUGCAAGGCUAAUUGGAAUUGCACGAGAUGACUCUGAAGGUGCCGAUGCGUCGAUUCUCGCCGCGAUAUCGUUAUGCCGGAUCUUUACCAAAUUGAUAGUAGUUGGGGGUUUACAGAAAAUGAAAGAGACCUCGGGGAAAGACGCAACUGUGAUUCAAUGGCUCAAGGAAAGAUAUUCAGAAUAUAAGGUUAUCCUUCUCGAUAUGUUAAGUCAAGAAGAUGCUGCGUCUACGGCAUUGACUCUCUGCAUGAGAAUGUUAAAGAUCGAAGGGCAGCAUAUGCGAAACGGUCAAGAUUACUACUUUCCUACGGGACUUCUUACGGAUAUGGUGCAGAUUCUCAUUCGUCAUGGAAGUGACAGUGGUGUAAGGAAAGAGUUUAGUGAGAAGUUCGUUGAGGAAUACGAUGAUGUUCGAUUUUACACCCUUGAAGCUAUACAAAAACUAGUGACAACCACUGAAAACCGGCGCUUAGGCAAUGAUCAAUUUGAUACCGCUUAUGAGGUUUUGACAUCGAUAUCAUCCGUCCCCGAAUCAAAGGAAGAACUCGAAGACUUCUACAUACCUGCGCCCAAGAAAAAGGCCCACCCUCUUUACUCCUUGACGGAGCAUAAGAAGCGAGCACAAGGAGCAUGGUUAGCCGUGAUGAACAUGGAAAUGGUGAAGGAAAGAAGAAAAUUGAUUCUGUCAAAGAUUACCGAGUCUAUUGCGCCAUGGUUUACAAAACCUGAACUUCUGAUGGACUUUUUGACCGACUCAUACAACUCUGGAGGAUCAACUUCAUUGCUAUCACUCUCUGGAGUCUUUUAUCUCAUACAAGAGAAGAAUUUAGAUUAUCCAUCUUUCUACCGAAAGCUCUAUUCGCUUUUGGACACAGGCAUUCUACAUUCGAAGCAUCGCUCAAGAUUCUUCCGGCUUUUAGACACCUUCUUAUCGUCAACACAUUUACCGGUCGUACUCGUCGCAAGCUUUAUCAAGAGGCUAUCUCGACUCACCUUAUACUCCCCUCCUUCUGGAGUCGUUGCGGUCGUGCCGUGGAUGUAUAAUCUGUUGAAGAAGCACCCGACCUGUUUAUUUAUGAUCCACCGAGAGACUAGAGGGGCCGAAGCGAAGAAAAUCUUGGAAGAAGAGGGGCUUUCGGAUCCAUUCCUUAUGGAUGAGGAAGAUCCGAUGUUGACCAAUGCUAUCGACAGCAGCAUGUGGGAGAUUGUUACACUGCAAUCACAUUACCAUCCGAAUGUUGCAACACUUGCGAAAAUCAUUUCAGAACAAUUUACCAAACAUUCUUAUAAUUUGGAAGAUUUCUUGGAUCACUCUUACGGAAGUAUGCUUGAAUCUGAGCUAGCAAAGGACGUGAAGAAGGUGCCGGUUGUUGAAUAUGAGAUACCCAAGAAGAUUUUUAUGAAGCAUGAUGUUGAUGCUGGGCUGGAGGACUCUCCACUUGUGAAGCUGUGGAACUUCAAUUAG